AUGGGUUCACUUGGUGGUGCUAGUAAGCUCGACCACGAGGUCGCUGUCAUCGGAGCCGGUUUCUCUGGCAUCUAUGAGCUACACAAACUCAAGGAUGCAGGCUUCAAUGCUCGACUCUAUGAAGCGGGUUCGGGUGUUGGUGGCAUUUGGCAUUGGAAUUGCUACCCUGGCGCUCGUGUCGAUACUCCCGUCCCUACCUACCAAUUGACCGACGAUGAAUCGUGGCUGGACUGGAACUGGAAGCAAAGAUUUCCCGAUUACGCAGAGCUCCGAUCAUACUUUGCUCAUCUAGUCAAAGUCUGGGGUCUUUCCGAUUUGAUCACUUUCAAUACUCGGGUGCAACAACUACACUGGGACGAACAGAGCCAUACCUGGCGUCUUAACCUACGUCAGACCGACGGAAAAACCUCAGAGAGUAUUGCUCGCUAUGUUAUCGUCGCCACUGGAUUUGGUUCUAAGCCCUAUAUACCAGCCUUGAAAGGCCUCGACACCUUCAAGGGCGAGUUCUACCAUACCGGGCUUUGGCCACAGCAGGGUGUUGGUUUUGAAGGGAAGCGCGUUGGAAUUAUUGGUACUGGCGCUAGUGGUGUGCAAUUGAUCCAGGAGACGGCCAAAACCGCAAAGCAUCUCACUGUCUUUCAAAGAACACCCAAUACGGCUCUACCUAUGAUCAACCCAGAAUAUGACACAGCCGCUAACGACGACUGGAAGAAGGUUUUCCAGGACACUAAGAAGGCUAUGCUCAAAUCCCAUGCAGGCUUCGACUACGAGUUUCUCCCCGAGUCCUCGUUAACAUUGGAUCCAAGGGUCAAGAAUGCGGUCUUUCAAAGGCUGCUCAAUGCUGGCGGUCUACACUUCUGGCUAGGCACCUACCGCGACGUUUUAUUCGAUCAGAGGGCGAAUGACGAAGCAUAUGAAUUCUGGCGCCAGAGCGUGCUCCCUCGCAUCAAGGAUUCUAAGAACAAAGAGAUUCUAGCCCCUAAGAUUCCCUGUGAUCCCUUUGGAACAAAGCGUGUCAGCCUAGAAAGGGGCUACUUUGAGGUGUUCGACCAAAAAAAUGUUGACCUGGUUAACCUGCGGGCGAACAAUAUCGACGAGGUCUUGCCCGAAGGUAUCCGUACCGCCGAUGGUACAUUCAUUGAACUGGACAUGCUUGUAGCCGCCACAGGCUUCGAUAGCGUUACCGGAGCAAUCACGGCUAUCGAUAUUCAUGGUCUGGACCCUAAGCUUUCCGUCAAGGAUAAGUGGGCCAAGGGUACCUACACCUUAUUCGGACUGGCAACAUCGGGCUUCCCCAACUUGUUCUUCAUGUACGGCCCGCAAGCACCCACGGCGUUUGCCACAGGGCCGUUAUCGGCCGAGUGCCAGGGCAUGUGGAUUACGACGUUGCUAUCAUACCUACGGGAGGAGAAUCUCACUAAGAUUGAUGCAAAGCCCGAAGCUGAGCGGUGGUGGAGAGAACACGUCCUAGACUUGGGCGAACAGGGUCUCUACACAAAAGCUAAGAGCUGGUACUACGGAGAUAACAUCCCUGGAAAACCUCGUGAGGCUUUGAAUUACAUGGCUGGACUGCCCAAGUACCGGGCAAAGUUGGAGGAUUCUGCGAGCAAAGGCUACGAAGGAUUCACAUUGUCUGCUUGA